GCGGCCUUCUCCUAUCAAAAAAUAAGAAAAAAACGCGGCCUUUUUCUCCUCUUCUUCCUCCGCCUCGGCCGGCGACUCCUCGCCGCCGACGUAACCGCGUCCUCUCUCUCUCUCUCUCUCUCUCUCUCUCUCUCUCUCUCUCUCUCUCUCUCUCCUCCGAGCCCAGAAACUUCUGGAAGCUUCUAGUAGCCCAACCCAGCGCGGCGCGGCGCACGAUGUGCGGGAUCUUCGCGUACCUCAACUACAAUGUGUCGCGGGAGCGCCGGUACAUCCUCGAGGUCCUCUUCAAUGGCCUCCGCCGCCUCGAGUACCGCGGCUACGACUCCUCCGGUAUCGCCGUCGACGCCGACGUUCCCUCCUGCGCUUCUACUUCUGCGGUGCCGCCGUACGCCGGGGCGCCCCCGCUGGUGUUCCGCCAGGAGGGCAAGAUCGAGAACCUCGUGCGAUCCGUCUACUCCGAGGUUGAUGAGAAGGAUGUGAACCUGGACGCCGCCUUCAAUGUGCAUGCUGGAAUUGCCCACACCAGGUGGGCCACGCACGGUGUGCCUGCCCCAAGGAACAGCCACCCCCAAUCUUCUGGUGCUGGCGAUGAAUUCUUGGUCGUCCACAAUGGCAUCAUCACAAACAACGAGGUUCUGAAAGAGACACUAAUCCGACAUGGGUUCACCUUUGAGUCUGAUACUGACACAGAAGUCAUCCCUAAGUUGGCAAAGUUUGUUUUUGAUAAGGCACAUGAUGAAGAAGGUGAUGUGACAUUUAGCCAAGUUGUUAUGGAAGUCAUGAGGCAGCUUGAAGGAGCCUACGCACUCAUCUUUAAAAGCCCACACUACCCCAAUGAAUUGAUUGCAUGCAAACGGGGCAGCACACUGAUACUCGGUGUCAAUGAAUUAAGUGGCCAAAAUAGUGGGAAACCAUUUCAUGAUGUCAAAGCUCUGACAACAAACGGGAAGCCGAAAGAAUUAUUCUUCUCUAGUGAUUUAUUUGCUAUUGUGGAGCAUACCAAGAAUUAUUUGGCUAUCGAAGAUGAUGAAAUUGUUCAUAUUAAGGACGGCAGUGUGUCGAUCCUUAAGUUUGACCAUGAGAAAGAGAAGCCAGCUUCUGUUCAACGAGCAUUGUCUGUCCUUGAGAUGGAAGUUGAGCAGAUAAAGAAAGGAAGUUAUGACCACUUCAUGCAAAAGGAAAUCCAUGAACAGCCACAUUCAUUAACAACAACCAUGAGGGGUAGAGUGAAGGAUAGUGGUGUUCUUUUAGGAGGAUUAAAGGAAAAGGAGUACCUCAAAACUAUUAGGCGCAGUAGAAGGUUAGUUUUCAUUGGCUGUGGUACAAGUUACAAUGCUGCCUUGGCUGCAAGACCUUUUGUGGAGGAAUUAACUGGUAUUCCUGUGACUAUGGAGGUUGCAAGUGACUUGCUGGACAGACAAGGUCCCAUCUACAGGGAAGACACUGCAUUUUUCGUUAGCCAGUCAGGGGAGACAGCAGAUACCCUCCUUGCUCUUGAUUAUGCACUAGAAAAUGGAGCACUUUGUGUUGGCAUAACAAAUACCGUAGGAAGCACACUGUCAAGAAGAACACAUUGUGGAGUUCAUAUCAAUGCUGGUUGUGAGAUAGGUGUUGCUAGUACGAAGGCAUAUACAAGUCAAAUAGUAGUCAUGGUGAUGGUGGCCUUGGCUGUUGGAUCUGAUCAAAUAUCCACCCAAGUUAGACGUCAAGCUAUCAUCAGUGGUCUUUCCAAUCUUCCAAGCAAUGUCAGCGAGGUUUUCAAACUUGAUACUGAGAUGAAGGAACUUGCCUCUUCCUUGAUCGAUUCAGAGUCUCUCCUUGUGUUUGGCAGAGGUUAUAACUAUGCCACUGCCUUAGAGGGUGCUCUUAAAGUUAAGGAGGUUGCUCUGAUGCACAGCGAAGGCAUGCUUGCUGGUGAAAUGAAGCAUGGACCACUUGCACUAGUGGAUGAAAACCUUCCGAUCAUCGUCAUUGCUACACGUGAUGCGUGCUUCAGCAAGCAGCAAUCAGUGAUUCAGCAGCUCCUUUCUCGCAAGGGGCGUCUGAUAGUGAUGUGCUCAAAGGGAGACGCAUCUGCCGUUUGCCCUAGUGGAUCUUGCAGGGUUAUUGAAGUUCCAGAGGUCGCUGACUGUCUCCAGCCAGUGAUUAACAUAAUUCCGUUACAGCUGCUCGCAUACCAUCUGACAGUUCUUCGAGGAUUUGAUGUUGAUCAACCAAGGAAUCUGGCAAAGAGUGUGACUACCCAAUGAGUAGGGGGUUCUAUCAGAUAGUUCAGAAGUUGUAUCAGAUCCAAUAGAGUUCAGACGUUGUAUCAAAUCCAUCCUAUAGAGAAUAGGUUGUGUAGCUAUUGUUUGAAUGUUAUUACUCAUAGCCAUUUCACAGUUAUGUAAUUAUUUUUAGAUAAUAACUGAGAUUCUUGAGGUGGCUAGCAUUACAAUAUUGUUGAUGAACUCCAUCAAUUUUUCAUAUCUGUAUUUGUCCUGACUGAUGAUGCAUUGACUCGCUGAAAAUCUGUGAGGUGUCCCAAUCCUGAAACUACA